AUGCCGCUCGCGCGAUGCGACGUUCGCGCCUCCGUGGUCGUCGCCUCGACGCGCGCGACGGCGCGAACGACGCGAUCGCGCGUGGAUAAAGCGGCGACGGCGCGAAGGACGCGACCGUCGACGACGACGACGACGACGACGACGCGACCGACGCGCGCGCGAGCGAGCGCGCGAGAGGACGAGGACGGUGGUGAUGACGACACGUCGACGAGGGAGGACGCGGCGCUGACGAAGGAAAUGGUGGACGCCAUGCGCGCGCGAAAGCAACGACGGGGGCGAGGGAAGACGCCGACGCCGACGAGUCUGGAGGACGUGAACCCGGUAAACUUGGGACGGAAGUCGCGCGCGGCGUUCGAUAACGUGUUUAAACAGUUUACGCGGUUGACCUCGGUGCAGAAGACGACGAGGACGGCGGAUGGAGAGGGGUUGGACGAGGUGUACGGCGCGGAACUCCUGAGCGGGAGCGUCGUCGGAGAGUUCGAGACGCCGAACGCGAAGUUCACCACGGUGAUGGUCACGGGAGCGACGGGACGAAUCGGUCGAGUGCUCAUUCGUAAGCUUCUUCUGCGGGGGUACACGGUGAAGGCGCUGGUGAGAAAGGAGGAAGAUGUCGAGAAGUUGCCGACGGCGGUGCGGGUCGUCGUCGGAGACGUCGGCGACAAGGACGCGAUUAAAAAGGCCAUGGUGGGAGUGACCAAGGUGAUCUACUGCGCCAGCGCGAAUUCUUCCAUCACGAGCGAUUUGUUCAACGUGGAGACCCAAGGGGUGAAGAACGUGGUGUCUUGCAUGCAAGACUACUAUCACAUGCUCGCCGCGCGACGCGAGGGACGAAGCCCCAAGUCAAAGGUGAUGCUCACCGCGUUCAAGCACCCGACGGCGUACGAGGCGUGGCAAGUGGACGAAAUGGACGUCGGUAACGAGUCCGACAGUCGAUGGGCCGCCGCUGCGGAGAUGCAACGCGUGAACUUCGAUCCGCUUUACCCCGAAGACGAGGACAAGCCGUUCGAGUUUGCCACCUUUAACGGGUUCGUCGUCGCGCGCACGGGUAAGGCUGAGGCGAGCGCGGACGUGGAGGAUUUGCAAGCCGAAGUCGAUUACGCCACCAAGGAGGGGUUGUUAUUCCGCCUCAAGGGCGACGGUAAGCGAUACAGCGUCGUCUUGACCCAAGAUGACGGCUCCAAAUUCCGAUUCUCCUUCAACACCACGGGUGGCUGGCAAGUCAUUCGCAUGCCGUUCCACAAGUUUGUCAACGAAGGGGAAACGACGUACGGCGAAGACGGUGAUGAUAUUCUCGAUCUCCGACGAAUCUCUCGAAUCGGUCUGCGUUUCGACGCGCGCAAGAACCAGCGCGACGUCUCGAUGAGCGACGUGAUGAGCGGCAGCAAUAACAGGUUCGACUUGACGCUCGAGUACGUCAAGGCGAUUCCCAAGGGCGAGGAGCCGGAUGUCAUUUUGGUUUCUUGCUUCGGCGCGGGUCUGGAGGACGGUGACGAGAAGGAUCGCAUCCUCAAGGCGAAGCGUGAUGGUGAACGGGUGCUCCGCAACUCGGGCGUCGGUUACACCAUCGUUCGCCCGGGCGAGCUCGUGGAGGAGGCGGGCGGCGCCAAGGCGCUCAUCUUUGACCAAACUGAGCGCAUCAACACCCCGAUCUCCUGCGCCGACGUUGCCGACGUGUGCGUUCGGGCGAUGCACGACGAACAAGCUCGUAACAGAUCGUUCGAUGUCGGGUACGAGUACGAGAGCGAACAAGCCGAAUACGAGCUCAUCACUUCGGUCAAAUCAAGAGCGGGCGCGAACUACCUCACGCCGGCGCUGGAAGUUCUCGAGAAGAACACGUGA